AUGGCCGCGGAGCUGCCGUGGGCGCCGGGCGCGGGCGGGGCGCUGCCCGGGGGCGGCUGCCACCCCCUCGUGUGCCGGCUCUGCCGCGAGCCCUACGAGCAGCCCUGUCUGCUCGACUGCUACCACGACUUCUGCGCCGGCUGCCUGCGCGGGCGCGCGGCCGACGGGCGCCUCGCCUGCCCCCUCUGCGGGCACCCGUCGGUGGUGAAGGGCGCCAACGGGCUGCCCCCCGUGGACCGGCUGCUGCAGUUCCUGGUGGCCGGCGCYGCCGAGGAGGAGGUGCAGUGUGCCAACUGCGACCGGCGCUGCGCCAAGGCGGAGCAGGACGCCAUGUACUUCUGCAACACGUGCAGCCAGGCGCUGUGCGYGCCGUGCCGCGACGAGACGCACCGCGCGCGCAUGUUCGCCCGCCACGACGUCGUCGCCCUGGCCAAGCGCACCAAGGACGUGCACAAGAAGUGCCCGCUGCACCAGGAGCCCUACAUCAUGUUCUCCACCGAGAAGAAGUCCAUGCUCUGCAUCUGCUGCUUCCGCGACAUGCAGGGGGAGAGCCGCGCGCACUGCAUUGACCUCGAGACGGCGUAUGCGCAGGGCUGCGAGAAGCUCGACCAGGCCGUCAUGGCCGUCAAGGAGCUGCAAACGGCGACGCGCGAGGCCAUCGUGCUGCUCAAGGCCAUGAUCGAGGAGGUUCGCAGCAGCGCCUGCGACGAGGAGGAGGCCAUCAGCUCGCUGUGCAGCAGCAUGCAGGAGACGCUGGCCGAGCGGCGGCAGGCGCUGCUCAGGGCGGUGCGGAGCCAGCACGAGGAGAAGGAGAAGGCGCUGCGCGAGCAGCUGGCGCACCUGGCCGCGCUGCUGCCCACGCUGCAGGUCCACCUGGUCACCUGCUCGGCCUUCCUGAGCUCUGCCAGCAAGGCCGAGUUCCUGGACCUGGGCUACCAACUCAUGGAGAGGCUGCAGAAGAUCGUGCAGCUGCCGCACCGCCUGAGACCGGCGCAGAGCAGCAAGAUCAGCACCGAGUACCGGGCCGAGUUCGCACGCUGCCUGGAGCCGCUGCUGACGCUGGCACCGCGCCGCGCCGUGGGGAGCAGCACCGGUGCCAUCGGGACUGGCAUCACCGCCACCAACAUCAUCGCCGGCGGCCCCUGCUCCAAGACGCUGCUGGUGCCGGGGCAGGCGGGUGCUGCCAAGGCCGCGGGCAGCAGUCCUGCCACGCGCAAGCCGUCCGCGCACCGCGGCAUCAGCACCAAGGUGCUGCUGGCCGAGGGCACCGACUCGCCCUUCGCCCAGCACUGCCGCGACUACGAGAACACCUAUCGGGGGCUGCAGGCGGAGGUGCAGAGCCUCAAGGACCAGGUGCAGGAGCUGCACCGCGACCUCACCAAGCACCACUCGCUGGUGCGCGCCGACGCCAUGGGCGAGGUGCUGCAGAAGUCGCAGCAGGUCGACGUGCGCAUCGCCGCCCACUACUCCUCCGUGGAGAUGAUGCGCAGCGUCUUUGAGGAGGCUUGGGAGGAGACGUUCCAGCGCGUGGCCAACGAGCAGGAGAUCUAUGAAGCGCAGCUCCACGACCUGCUGCAGCUGCGCCAGGAGAACAGCUGCCUGGGCACCAUCGCCAAGCAGAUCGCRCCCUACGUGCGCUCCAUCGCCAAGGUGAAGGAGCGCCUGGAGCCCAGGUGA